AGAAGAGAGAGAGAGAGAGAGAGGAGUGAGAGGGGAGGGGGGGCUGAGAGAGUGACAGAAAGGAGGGUGGGGGGGGGGGGAAAGAGAAAAAACUUUCUGUGGUUUCUAAGUUCUCUGCCUUGCCGAGGGGCUUCAGCACUGCGCCUCUGAGAAGUGCCCUCUCACCCAGGGGUGUGUAGCGGUGUGUAUGAGUGAGUGUGUGUGCGUGUGAGCCGGAGCCUCAGGAGCCAUGUCGGACCCCAGGGACAUCGACGAGGAUGCCAUCCUCAGGGGCCUCAGUGCUGAGGAGUUGGAUCAGCUGGAGUAUGAGCUGCAGGAGAUGGACCCCGAGAAUGCCAUGCUGCCAGCUGGCCUCCGGCAGCGUGACCAGACAAAGAAGAGCCCAACGGGUCCAUUUGACCGUGACGCCCUGCUGCAGCACCUGGAGAAGCAGGCCCUGGAGCACCAGGACAGGGAGGACCUGGUGCCCUUCACCGGGGAGAAGAAAGGAAAGGCCUUCGUGCCCAAGAAAGCAGCGGAGAUCCCCGAGCACGAGCAGGUGAUCCUGGAGCCGGAGCUGGAGGAGGCUCUGAAAAACGCCACGGAUGCUGAGAUGUGUGAUAUCGCAGCUAUCCUUGGAAUGUACACGCUGAUGAGCAACAAGCAGUACUACGAUGCUCUGGGUACCACAGGAACGAUCGCUAACACAGAGGGCAUCAACAGUGUGGUGAAACCAGAUCCCUUCAAAAUGUUUCCCGAUGAGCCACCCAACCCCACCAACGUGGAGGAAACCCUGGAGAGAAUCCACAACAACGACAGCAGCCUGACAGAAGUCAACCUCAACAACAUCAAGGACAUUCCCAUCCCGACGCUGAAAGAGAUCUUUGAGGCGAUGAAGGGAAACUCUCACGUGGAGUCUCUGAGCAUCGCUGCGACCCGCAGCAACGACCCUGUGGCCUACGCAUGUGCUGAGAUGUUGCAGGAGAACACCAGCUUGCAGAGUCUUAAUAUUGAAUCCAACUUCAUUACUUCAGAUGGCAUGAUGGCGAUCAUCAAAGCGAUGGCCAACAACGCCACACUGAUGGAGCUCAAGAUUGACAACCAGAGGCAGAAGCUGGGAGAUUCAGUUGAGAUGGAGAUUGCCUCCAUGUUGGAGAACAACUCCAGCAUCCUCAAGUUCGGCUACCACUUCACCCAGCAGGGUCCCCGUGCCAGAGCUGCCAUGGCCAUCACACGGAACAACGACAUGAUUCGCCAGCAGAGAUUAAGAUGAAAGCAUGAAGGAGAAAACAGACGAACAACCACUUCGGCCCCCUGGAACCUGAAAAGACUGCCAGCGACAGCCUCUCGCCAGCUUUCUCAACGUGGUGCACCAGAGCUGAAUGAAUCCUCCCAAAUCAAGCAUGGGUAGCGUGCAUCCACUAACGCGACAUUCACGUCCAACCAUUUCAUUUCAUUUACCGCGGCCAGCUUUUUGUAGACUGCUGAAUUCAUCAUAAAGGCAUGUAUAGGUCACAAGCAAAACGUGAGGUGUCGUUUUUUUUUUUUGUGCUUUUUAGUUUGUGCAUCGUCAACAUCAUCCCAAACAAAAGGUUAACUCUUUUCAUUCAUGAAAACAUCUUCAAUGUGGUGCUAUCUAUGGGAAGAAAAGCAAUCUGUAAAUACUUUAAAUAAAAAUAUAUAUAUUCAAAUAUUUCCUGUAAAUGUUUGGCAAGUUUAAUUUUAUUGUUUCUACACCUUAUUUAGAUAUGAGUAUUUAUAUUGGACACAGGAAUAUUAUGCUCAAGAAAUACAAAUGCACAUUUAAUUAUGUGACACCAAUAAUUCGCACUGAUAAUGUUGCCACUGCAACAUUGCUAGUCUGAAUUAGAUGAGCAGGGUUUCCGUCCACAAAUGAAAUAUUUACCAUCAGACAGAAAUUCUGUGGCAAAAACUGGGACGUCGAGUCUGAACAGGUCCAUCAUUUACAAAAUUAUACCAUGUUAAAAAACUGGAUUCUGUAUAUAGCGAACGAUAAACACUAAGUGAUGGUAGAAUCCCACGUUUGACAUAUACUGCAGCAUUUUACACAGAAUCACAGCUCUUUAAUCUCUUAAAAGUCUCUUCUGAUCCUCUGACUUCCCCCAAGCACCUGAGCUAUUUUUACCCCCCAGCCCUGAUGGGAAACGUAACCUAGUCCACCGGGCUUGAGUUACCUUGUUCCAAAUAUAAGACCCAACUUUGAGAGGGUUGCACCCAUGUGCACCCGCUGAGAUUUAUGAACAGAAACAGCUGUUAACCUCUGAGGAUUUUGACAGCAUUGCUGGGGUCCCUGAUGCCCCCCCCCCCCCCUCGGCCAUUUCUUUAACCUAUUCUUCAUUUCUUUAAAGCGCUCUGGCUUAAUACCAACUUUGAUAUUAAUACAAAGUAAUAAGCAGACUAGCAGACUUCUCAAAGGUCACAUUUUUCAAGCCAUGUAGACUUCGCUGACAUUUGGCACCUUGAAAUGAUUUAAAGUCGGCGUUUGCCACAAUCUAUUCUGAGAGUUUCUCUUCCCUUUGAACGUUGUUUUGCAGUAAAACAGAGGUGUAUUUUUGGAUUGCAAUGCUGGAUGCCACGCAUGCUGUGACAGACGUAUUCACCAUACUGUGUUCCAUUUCUUUCUUUUUUUUUUGGUCAGAUUUGCGUCAGGAGGAUUGUGUAAGUUGUAACAUUGAAAGGGCAAGCAUGAUAUUAAAGGUCAUCAGAAUUUAAACAUCGAUAAAUUUGUCUUAAAAAAAAAAAUCUUACAACAUUUUAUAUUUCAUCCUGCCAAGUCUCCAUGACGAGCGAGAAAAACCUUACGCAUACAGAAUAUUAAGUGCGUCCCCAUGUGGUGGUGACGCCUCAAGCUCCAAAAUAAUGAAGUGAGCUUUCCACACAUAUUAGCGUUGUCAUCAGAAACUAACCCAUGUUAAGUCCCUCUGUCCCCUCCCAUUGACCCUGAUGGUAUUAUCCAAUUUAUACCAACCGUGCUGUGAAGAAUGCUAACCAGUGGCUUCUCUGCCCAGAUUAGCACCAACGCUGCCUAUCUGCUGCUGAUUUAUAGUAAAGCUGACUGAGGAUUAGUCCAACCAGACAGAGGUGACUGGACUCUAUUGAAAGGGGUAAAACAGACAACAAAGGGUGAUGAAAAUAGACUUCGCUUAUUCUGUGGGCGAUAAGAAAUAUUCAGCUUCAGCUCUCAGUGCUGCUCUUUAGGUGUCAGUGAACAAAACAAAAAGCUGAUACUGGUGAAGUGAAUAUGGUCCAGUCAGUGUGUAACAGUGUUUGAACUCACGGGAGAGCAACAUUGCAGUGACACCUCUCUGUGAUGUUUCCUGUUAGGGCAGGAUGACGGAUCAUGGUGGAAUGAGGACCUGUUCAGAGAGGGGUCACACCCUAACUGAGAGGUUAUUACUGACAGUUCAGGUGCACUUAUUUUCAACUUCACCUCGAAAAGAAGUGAUUGAAUUAAUCUGGAUGAACUGCUGGGCUUGUUGUCUGACCGCUUGUUUCCUCAAAGGACUUUGCCGCAGAAAUGUCUCUGUGCUCUGAGACCUCAGACACUACUUCAGUGUCAGCAUAACCAAUAGAAAAGAUGGUCAAAACUAUAAAAACAAUCCUCAAGUAGAAAUAAACCAGUUUUAUUGUCUAACGGUUUGUUAGACAAUAAAACUGGUUUAUAUCUUAUUCUGUCAAUUAUAUGUUAUGACAUACAAAAUGUUGAAAGCAACGUUCUUUUUAUUAAAUAGUGAGUUCUCUCAAAGCUAUAAAAGCAUAAAGAGUUACAGCUGAUGAUCACUGGUGAGUAGCAGGUUUCUAUUACAACUAAGGAGCGACUCCACAGAUUACACAGUCGCUGUAGAAUGAACACAAGAAAACCAUGUGAUUGAGUGAAAGGUGGCUGGUUGGUAUGAAUCUGUUACAUAAAGUCCUUGUACACAGAGCUGCAGCACUGUGGCUUUUGAACAUACCACUGUGGUAUAAGUUAAUCUGUGCUUUUCCCACAGUUCUUAGUUCUCUCAGACACUGGUGGGUAGGCGGGCAAGCGAAGGAGGCUCCUCCUCAUCUGAAUCAAACUCCACACUCUCGUCUUUAAUCCACUGGCCACUCCGGUCCUGUAGCCACCCAUCACUAUGAAAAAGACAAAGGUGAAAUACACUGUAAACUAUCAGGUCGGUCCAGUGAAAAAUACUGAAUAUUCUGAUACUGAAAUACUGAAUUCUAGUAGUGAGAAUGGUCAACUUCAACCAGUAACACUUAGGCUCAGUUUAAACCAAAAAGAAACCUGUUUUGUACCUUUUCAGUUUGAGGUAGUGCUCCAGCUCUCUCCUCCUCUGGGCUGUCAUGGGCUCGGCCUGCUGUGCCCCUGUAAGCUGAGAUCCUUUCAUGUCUUUUGAUUGAUGUAACUCUUUAUUGGCUACAAAACAAAAAACAUCACCACAGUUAAAGCAUGAUUGGGCCUGGGUUUUCU